UCAGCAGGUUCUUCAGAUACGCACUCUAUCGCUGAAGUCAGACACGCACCAACACGCACGGGCUUACGUACUGAAUGUGAUUCACGCAUCUUGCUGUUGUCAACCCUGAUUCAUGGGAUCAUGGUCGACCGAUUGGUAAACAGCGAGGCCAAUGCCAGGCGCAUCGCGAUGGUCGAAAACUGCUUCGGCGGUUCGGGUCAGCCGCUCGCAGUACCUGGUCGAGUCCUGGUGGGUGAAGGGGUCCUGACAAAAAUGUGCAGGAAAAAGCCCAAGCCUAGACAAUUCUUCCUGUUCAACGACAUAUUGGUCUAUGGGAAUAUCGUGAUUAAUAAGAAAAAGUAUAACAAGCAGCAUAUUAUACCACUGGAGGAGGUAAAAUUAGAGUCUCUGGCUGACGAGGGUCAAUAUCGUAAUGGAUGGCUCAUUAAAACAGUAACAAAGUCGUUUGCUGUUUAUGCUGCUACUCCAACAGAAAAACAAGAAUGGAUGGCACAUAUCACAAAAUGUAUUGAAGAUUUGUUAAGAAAAAGUGGCAAAAAGCCUGUCGAAGUCCAUGCAGCGGUUUGGGUACCAGAUAAUGAAGCUACAAUUUGUAUGCACUGCAAUAAAACACAAUUCACAGUAUUAAACAGACGGCAUCAUUGUAGACAAUGUGGAGCGGUAGUUUGUGGUCCAUGCAGUAAUAAAAAAUUAUUACUGCCUGGGCAAGGAAAUGGGAAAGCUGUCAGGGUCUGUUUACAAUGUUACGAUGCCGCUAGUAAAAUCAAAGCUAUACCAACGACUGCUGUGGAUAGCUUAAAUAACAAAGACCCGCAACGUAAUUCUGCUGACAGUUCAGGAGGAGAUAGUUCUGGAGACGACGAUGAUGGAAAUAAGGAGGAAAACCAUGAUGAGCCUAAAUUUUAUUCCACGCUUGGCCGAUGAAAAUGACUAUAUCAUACGGAUGAAGUACGGAUGAAAUUCGAAAGAGAAGCAAAAAUUCUACAGAAAUAUUUUUAAAAAUCAAUAUCGAACUACAAUAUAAUAAAAAAGUUUAUAAGAAUCAUUCAAGAAAUCAUUCAAGAAAUAUUUCUUAGCGAUUCAUUAGGAAGAUCGAAACGGAGACGAGUGCGUAUAAUGCGAAAUUCUGCCAAAAUUUGUAAAGCACAUAUUGUUUUACAUAUAU